AUGCUUGUUCUCCUCCCGGCCGCCUCCCAGGACGGUCGACCUUGGCCAGCUCAUCUCAUCUCAGCUCAAGAUCUCCCGCCCUCACACCUAACCUCCGCCUUUGAGCCAGCUCCUACGAUGCAUGUGGCCUCCAACCUGCUGGGGGGAGCCCUCCUGCUUCCGCUCACCCAAGCCGCCGUGCCUCUGUUCAGCGACUACCACUUCAACCCCCUCGAACACCUGGGUGGCGUGGCUCCCUAUUUCGAACCCCUCGACCCGGAGAUAGACCCUUCGGCGCCUCAAGGAUGCACGCCCGUCCGCGCAGCCUACCUGGUGCGCCAUGCUGCCAUCUAUGCCAAUGACUUCGACUACGAGGAGUAUAUGGAGCCCUUCAUCUCCAAGUUCCAGAACAUCACCUCGAUCGACUGGUCCAAAAUCCCCGACCUCAGCUUCCUCAACAAGUGGUCGCCGCCCAUCAGCGAGGCCGAGAGCGAGCUGCUGACCCGCGUCGGCAAGCUCGAGGCCACCGAGCUCGGCGCCAGUAUGUCCUUCCGCUACCCCAACCUGAAGCUGCCCAAGAAGAUCUGGACGAGCUCGGCCGAGCGGACAUACGAGUCGGCCAAGGCCCUGAUCCGUGGCUUCGAGCCCGCCGGCCAAGACGAUACCAUCAGCCUGGUGUCCGUGUACGAGAGCAAGGAGGGCGGCGCCGACAACUUAACCCCAUAUACCGCUUGCCCCAAGUACAGCUCCAGUGCGGGCAGCGACCAGAGCAGCGUGUACCUGAAGAAAUUCACCAAGCCCAUCAUGGCGAGGCUCAACGCCGCCGCCCCCGAGUUCAACUUCACGGCCCAAGAUGUGUACGGGAUGAUGCAGCUGUGCGGUUAUGAGUCCGUCAUCCGAGGCAGCUCCCCGUUCUGCGACCUCGAUCUGUUUAGCCCGGACGACUGGCUAGCUUGGGAGUACACGGCCGACGUCCAGUACCAUUAUAACACCGGAUACGGCAGCGAGGUGAGCGGACCCAUCGGGCUUCCCUGGGUCAACGCCACGGCCGGGCUCCUCAUGGCGGAGCCGGGCAGCCCAGACGUGCAGGACCUGUACGUCAGCUUCACACACCGCGAGCUGCCACCGACGGUGCUGGUGGCCAUGGGGCUGUUCAACAACUCGGCCUUUGGUGGCUCCGAGGCUACCAUCAACGACACUAUGCCCUCAGACAGAAUUAACCACCGCCGUGCCUGGAAGAGCAGCCGCGUCCUGCCCUUCAUGACGAAUAUUGCUUUUGAAAGGCUUAACUGCACUGGCAGCUACGGCUACGACGACGGGGACUACUACCGCGUGCUGGUCAAUAACGCCCCGCAGCCGCUGCCCGACUGUGGUGACGGGCCCGGGACCACCUGCUCCAGGUCGACCUUUGAGACGUGGGUGCAGGACCGGGCGGAUAAGUUCAGCGGAUUCUCUGAUAAGUGCGGUACUGCGUCGAAAUACGACAACUCGACGGAUGCUGUGACAUUCUAUUCGGACAAGUCCGAGAACGGGACUUUCGUGGGCAAGAGAAACCUGUAUGACCAGGAAUAG